UGUCCGAUAUUGAAUUUGGGCUGCAUUGGGAUAUACGUAUAAUAAGCCCAUUACAUUUUAGUCACUUUUUUUAUUAAAAAAUUGAAGCCCAAUCUAUUGAGUAACAUGUUGGAAUUUUGAUGCAAUUUGGUUAUUCCCCGAUUUGCUGCAACAGAUUGAUUAUUGAAUUUCAAUCUUAUCAAACCGACGCCGGAUCGAGCACUCCCCUUCACCGGAAGAUUCCGCCGGUUUCCGGAAUUCAAGGUAAAAGCGUUUAUUAUAACUAACUGUCUUUGGGAAAAGCAUCGGAGAUGGGGUUUCUGGUGACUACUUUGAUCUUCGUAGUGGUUGGGGUAAUUGCAUCAUUGUUAACCAGAAUCUGCUGCAACAGAGGGCCCUCCGCAAACCUGUUACAUCUGACAUUGGUUAUUACAGCGACAGUUUGCUGUUGGAUGAUGUGGGCAAUUGUAUACUUGGCACAGAUGAACCCUCUGAUUGUUCCCAUAUUGAAUGAAGCGGAAUGACAUCUUUGAGCAGCCCAUGAAUCCUACAUUGUUGAGUACUACUGGGGGAAGCCAAAGGCAAUGAAUUACAUCGGAACCCGUGUCAGAUUUAUGUUAAGUUUUUGUUAGUGAAAACAUCUUUGAAAUAUUUAUCAGAUUGUACUCCAUUUUGCCUUCUGUAAUCCUUUCCAUGGCUCUUAUUCAUUUUUUGAACGAUGACAUCUUGGUUUCUGUACCUUGAAAGAAAAUAAAUAUGGUUUUUGUAUC